AUGGUACAAUUUUUUCUAGAUUCACCCUUUGUGCUGAUCAAUCCGUGGAAGACGUGGGAAGAGGCCCUGUACUACUGCAGGGACAAUUACAUGGACCUGGCUUCCAUCGUUGAUGAAGACACCCAGGCCUGGGCUGAGCUGGAGGCCAAGAAGGCCAACACUCCCUUUGUGUGGCUGGGCCUUCACUACACCUGCACUCUGGAGUUCUGGUUCUGGGUCGAUGACCAGCGCCUAGACUUCAAUCGCUGGAAACCAGAGAAGAAAAGAGGAGAUUGUGGCAUGAGUGGUGCCAUGGAGACACGAGAGGAACAUCUCUGGUUCAGCACCUCUGACCACGAGACGUUUAAUUUCAUCUGAGCAAAGUAAGAGAAAUCAAUGUUUUGUUUUUCUCAACUGCUUUAAUAAAAAAUUUAACGAGUGUCGGUGGUGGCAUUUUUGUGUGUCACUGUAGAUGCGUUCAGAAGCAGAAGUUUUUGUCUCAUACAGAUGACCCUGAGUACUGCAAUGGAUAUUCUUACAACUCAUGAGAGGCAAUGUCGCUACUGCCACC